CUCCACUAAAUUGAAACGCUAACGGAGUUAUACGCUCCUGCCUUUUUUUCCCCUUCCCCUUCUUCUUCUUCUUCUUCUUCUUCUUCUUCUUCUUCUUCUUCUUCACUGAAACACACAACAAACACCUUGUGAACAAUUUCACAAAUCCGAUAAAAAUUUAGCGACCCAUUUCAUCGUAUGUCGUCUAUAUACUCCAAUUAGCUGAGUAUUAUAAAAAAGUAACAGUUUACCACUGAAACAGAUGCAAAACCCAUAAAAAUUUAGCAGUAAAAAUGACAGAAGUAGACAAUUUAUUGACAAAAAAAGUAGCAGAUCGUUACCUAAAACGUGAAGUUUUAGGUGAAGGUACUUAUGGUGUUGUCUUCAAGGCCAUUGAUACUAAGAGUGGCCAAACUGUUGCUAUUAAGAAAAUUCGUCUUGGGAAACAGAAAGAAGGGGUGAAUUUCACUGCCCUUAGGGAAAUAAAAUUAUUGAAAGAGCUGAAGGAUCCUCACGUUAUUGAAUUGAUUGAUGCCUUCCCUCACAAAGGAAACUUGCAUCUUGUGUUUGAGUUCAUGGAGACAGAUCUUGAGGCUGUGAUUCGUGAUAGAAAUAUCUUCCUCUCACCUGCGGAUAUAAAAUCUUAUAUCCAGAUGACGUUGAAAGGACUUGCUUUUUGUCACAAGAAAUAUGUCUUGCAUAGAGAUAUGAAACCAAACAAUUUAUUGAUUGGACCUAAGGGGCAGCUUAAACUUGCUGACUUUGGAUUAGCACGUCUAUUUGGUAGCCCUGAUAGAAGAUUCACUCACCAGGUCUUUGCCCGGUGGUACAGAGCACCAGAGUUAUUGUUUGGUGCAAAGCAGUAUGGACCUGGAGUAGAUGUUUGGGCCGCUGCAUGUAUCUUUGCUGAGCUCCUCCUGCGUCGACCAUUUCUGCAGGGAAACAGUGAUAUUGAUCAGCUGGGAAAGAUUUUUGCGGCUUUUGGGACCCCAAAGCCUUCGCAGUGGGCUGAUAUGGUCUACUUGCCUGAUUAUGUGGAGUACCAAUAUGUCCCUGGACAGCCACUUAAAACAUUGUUUCCAACGGCUACUGAGGAUGCUUUAGAUCUUCUGUCAAAGAUGUUCUCAUACGACCCAAAAGCUAGGAUAUCAGCACAGCAAGCAUUGGAGCAUAGGUACUUCUCAUCAGGACCUCUACCUACGGAACCAGUUCUGCUUCCAAGACCUCCCCCUAAGCGGGAAUCCGCAAACCCUAGGGUUUCAGAUUUCAAUUCACGUGAUGGUCCUGUAGUAUUGUCUCCACCAAGAAAGUCAAGGAGAGUGAUGCCACAGCGCGAAGGAUUUGAGGCUAAUAUGCGUCCAGAGAAGAUGGAUGACCAUGGAAAUGCCGGUGAGAGGAGUGAACAGGUACCCAUGUCACUGGAUUUCUCAGUCUUUGGGAUGAGACCACCUACUAGGCCGACCAUUAACAGUGCUGACAGAUCACAUUUAAAGAGGAAAUUAGAUCUUGAAUUCCAACCCGAAGAGGAAUAACAUAUCUGUCUUGAGUUUUUCGUUCAUCUGGAUGAGGGUUGCUGUAUUGCUAAAGAGGUCAUGUGCACUACUUCCAUAAUUUGCAAUUUUGGUGAACAAAGGAGAAGAAUCCUUAUCAACAUAGGGUACACUAUUGCAUCAAAUGCCCCAUCUUUUUUUUUUUUGGUUUGGGUGAAAGUCGCCAUUCGCCAAUAUAACGAAUGAUCUUGCAGAGUAUAUUGAAACAGGGUAAUAAUGUUUGCCUAAUUCAUUCUUUAUCGUCGAGAGGAUGUAAUUGUUAUGCGGGUAUACCAAUUCUAGCAUUCCGUAUAAACUCAAAUUUAAGAUGCUGUUUGUAGAAUGACAUAAUUGAUAUCUGUCUGCUGUUCGAGAAUAUAUCUAACUUGGCAAAUGUGAGCUUGUGACUUAAUGUAUUGCUGUUUGGAGUUGCUGAGUUUUAACUUAUUG